ACGUAGACCUCUUGUCACCCUUGCUAGCUGGAUCUUCCCUCAAGAAGUUCGCAAAGGAGGAGAAGAGAACUAAGGGUGGGAGGGGGAGGGAAGAAAUCUUUUCAAUUGGAUACGUUGAAUAAGAUUAUUUCUUUUUAAAAAAGAAAAGAAAGAAAAAAAAAGCUACUGAGAUGAUGUUCCCUAGCCUCAUUGCUCCUCCAGCAGUGUACCCCAAUCUCCUGAGACCCACUCCUACGUUAACACUGCCUCAAUCUUUGCAGUCUGCCUUCUCUAGCCACUCCAGCUUCUUGGUGGAAGAUCUGAUCAGAAUUAGUAGGCCGGGGAGUUACCUGCCCCGGAGCGUCCCCCAGCCCAGCCUGUCCCCUCCAACUUCAGGAGCCACCUCUGCCAUGACUGACACAGUGACCUCAGACCUAGUCAGCUCCUCUGCCUCCAGCAGCCGACGAGGGUGCUCCCCGCAGACUUCUGCCUCUCAGGCAAACGAAGCCACUUUCCUCAAGUUCGGGGUAAACGCCAUCCUGUCCUCGUCUCCCAGAACGGAGACCUCCCCUGCCUUGCUCCAGAGUGUGCCUCCUAAGAGUUUCUCCUUUCCCUAUUUCGAAGGAUCCUUCCAGCCUUUUAUCAGAUCAUCUUAUUUCCCAGCGUCGUCCUCAGUGGUGCCCAUCCCUGGCACUUUCUCCUGGCCCCUGGCAGCGCGGGGCAAGCCGAGGCGGGGAAUGCUUCGCCGGGCAGUGUUCUCUGACGUGCAGCGGAAAGCGCUGGAGAAGAUGUUCCAGAAGCAAAAGUACAUCAGCAAACCUGACCGGAAGAAACUAGCGGCCAAGCUGGGCCUGAAAGACUCUCAGGUGAAAAUCUGGUUUCAGAACCGUCGGAUGAAGUGGCGAAACUCUAAAGAGAGGGAGCUCCUGUCUAACGGGGGCUGUCGCGAACAGACUUUACCCACCAAGCUCAACCCCCACCCGGAUCUCAGUGACGUGGGCAAGAAAUGCCCUGGAGACGACGAUGAGGAAGAGGACGAAGAGGACGAAAACUCAGCCCUAGGACCUACCAGUCGUCGCCAUUCGCUGUCCUUCCACCGCUCUUCAGAGCACCUCCACUUCCGCGACAGGCUAGCAGCCCAGCUGCCUCCUUCCCCAUCCCACUCUAGCAGUCCCAGUAAACCAUCGGACUUCUCAGACUCGGAAGAGGAGGAGGAGGAGGAGGGCGAGGGGGAAGAGGAAGAGAUAACAGUUUCUUAGAAGGCACUAGCCAAAGAGGGGACAAAUAGACGGGGUUUCUUAAGUGCUAUCACAUCCAGAGGUGGGGGUCCCUCCCCUUCGAGCCGCUGUACCACCUCCAAGUAGCCUGCCUUCCCCUAAAAGUAUUAUCCAGGAGUUUUCCCUAUCCUGCUAGUCUCUCCCCACAGAAAGAAAGCCUGCCAUCCAAUCCCACUUCCCACAAAAGAUAGGUGAGACCAAUUUUUUCUUAGGAGACACUCUCCUCCAUACUAUGUUCUCAAUUUCAAACGGUAACGUAAGCUUGGUUAAACCGCGGGCCUACAAGCAGAGUUGGAAAGUUCCCUAUAAUUCAUUGUUAAUUGCAAAACAUUAAUCUCAAUGGGUUGGGGAGUAGGGCCUGGAAAGGAGAAGGGCUCUGAGAUUUCAGAGGCAGUUUGGGACGCAAUUACACCUAUUGUCCCACUCCAACUCAACAUCCUUUCUACUAGCUAAAAUAUCCAUUUGUGCCCUGGUCCUUCCUUUCACAACUGCAUUACUAAACGCAGCACAGUAAUUGGGAUGGGGGUUGAAGGGUGGGGGGUGGCAGAGGAAUAGCUACUAAGGCGUUACAUCAAGGACUGAGAUCCUUUGUAUCAGAUUUUAAGCCUGCUCUGAAAUGAGAAAUACAUUGUCUAAUGGGAGAGAAAAUGUAGUUUAUGUUUUUAUGUGUUUAAAAUUUUUUUCUUUAUAAUUUAUGCAUCCAUAUUAUAUAUGUCAAGCACUCUCUACCAACCCCCUUUCAUUCCCUAGGUGGCACCGCCUCUAGCUACAAGGCUCUUUGGUUCUGGGUGCAAUGUGAAAUGUGGAUGGAGGGGAAGGCCAAGCCUCUGACUUUUGGCCAAACUUGGCUGUCUUUGAACAGCUUUUAUGAACUGUACACAAUUUUGUACACAUGUGCUGUAUGGAUAUUUUAUACCAAGGUUAUUGUGAAUGACACUAAGGAAGGACUGACUAGAUUUGGUUUUUUUGUGAUGGCUUUUAAACUAAAAAAAAAAGAAAGAAGUAGCUGUUUAAUGGUAUAACUUAUAAAGAAACAUUUUUAUUUUGUAUUUUACUCUGUACAGAUUUUAAAAUAUGUAUGUAUAUAUAAUAAAUGGAACAAAUGCCAAAUAAAAGUUAGAAUGUUGAG